UCCUCCUCUCAGCGUGGCGUCGCCGUCGCGAGCUAAUCGAGCUUCGAUUCUAACGAUUUGAAGCAGUUAACCAGCAAUCGCAACUGCAACAAGCGACCACAACGUGCGGUGCCUUGCACACGUUAGCUAGACUAUUCACCGUCUCCAAUGGCGCUCCAGGCAUCGACGCCGUCCGCGUUCCGCGCAGUCCCGCCCACCAACGCCCACGCCUCUUGCCGGCGGCAGUUCCAGGUGCAGGCGAGCGCGGCGGCCGCGAGCACCGGCGGCGGCAGCGUCAACGGUGAUGGGAAGAUGAUGAUCAGGAAGGAGCCGACUACUGGCGCAUGGAAGAUCGAGUACUCCGGCGAGAAGCCGGCGACGCCGCUGCUCGACACCGUCAAUUACCCCAUCCACAUGAAGAACUUCUCUACCACGGAGCUGGAGCAGCUAGCGGCGGAGCUCCGUGCAGAGAUCGUGCACACCGUGUCCAAGACCGGCGGUCACCUGAGCUCGAGCCUGGGCGUGGUGGAGCUGGCCGUGGCGCUGCACCACGUGUUCGACACGCCCGAGGACAAGAUAAUCUGGGACGUCGGGCACCAGGCGUACCCGCACAAGAUCCUUACGGGGAGGCGGUCGCGGAUGCACACCAUCCGGCAGACCUCCGGGCUGGCAGGCUUCCCGAAACGCGACGAGAGCGCGCACGACGCGUUCGGGGCCGGACAUAGCUCCACCAGCAUCUCGGCGGCGCUGGGCAUGGCCGUGGCGCGCGACCUCUUGGGCCGCAAGAACCACGUCAUCUCCGUCAUCGGCGACGGCGCCAUGACCGCCGGCCAGGCCUACGAGGCCAUGAACAACUCCGGGUACCUCGACUCCAACAUGAUCGUGGUCCUCAACGACAACAAGCAGGUGUCCCUCCCCACCGCCACCCUCGACGGACCGUCCAAGCCCGUCGGCGCGCUCAGCCGGUCUCUCACCAAGCUCCAGUCGAGCACCAAGUUCCGCCGCCUCCGCGAGACCGCCAAGUCCGUCACUAAGCAGAUCGGCGGAUCGACGCACGAGGUCGCCGCCAAGGUGGACGAGUACGCGCGCGGCAUGAUCAGCGCCUCGGGCGCGUCUCUGUUCGAGGAGCUUGGACUCUACUACAUCGGCCCCGUCGACGGCCACAACGUGGAGGACCUCGUCGCCAUCUUCGAGAAGGUCAAGUCGAUGCCAGCGCCGGGGCCCGUGCUCAUCCACAUCGUGACGGAGAAGGGGAAGGGGUACCCGCCGGCGGAGGCAGCGGCCGACAGGAUGCACGGCGUGGUCAAGUUCGACCCGACGACGGGGAAGCAGUUCAAGGCUAAGGCCCCGACGCUAUCGUACACGCAGUACUUCGCCGAGUCGCUGAUCCGGGAGGCGGAGUCCGACGACAAGGUGGUGGCCAUCCACGCGGCCAUGGGCGGCGGCACGGGGCUCAAUUACUUCCAGAAGCGGUUCCCGGACCGGUGCUUCGACGUGGGCAUCGCGGAGCAGCACGCGGUGACGUUUGCCGCGGGGCUCGCUGCCGAGGGGCUCAAGCCGUUCUGCGCCAUCUACUCCUCCUUCCUGCAGCGCGGCUACGACCAGGUGGUGCACGACGUCGACCUGCAGCGCCUCCCGGUGCGGUUCGCGCUCGACCGCGCGGGCCUCGUCGGCGCCGACGGACCCACGCACUGCGGCGCCUUCGACGUCACCUACAUGGCCUGCCUCCCCAACAUGGUCGUCAUGGCGCCCGCCGACGAGGCCGAGCUAAUGCACAUGGUGGCUACCGCCGCCGCCAUCGACGACCGCCCCAGUUGCUUCCGUUUCCCUCGCGGCAACGGCAUUGGCGCCGUCCUCCCUGCCGGCAACAAGGGCACGCCCCUUGAGAUCGGCAAGGGGAGGGUGCUCGUCCGAGGCACCCGGGUGGCGCUCCUCGGGUACGGCACGAUAGUGCAAGCGUGCCUGAAGGCGGCCGAGGCGCUCAAGGAGCACGACAUCUACGUGACCGUUGCCGACGCCCGGUUCUGCAAGCCGCUCGACACGGAACUCAUCCGGGAGCUCGCCGCCGAGCACGAGGUUCUCAUCACCGCCGAGGAGGGAUCCAUCGGAGGUUUCGGUUCCCACGUCGCCCACUACCUCAGCCUCAGCGGCCUCCUCGACGGGCCCCUCAAACUGAGAUCCAUGUUCCUGCCGGACAGGUACAUCGACCACGGCGCACCCCAGGACCAGAUCGAGGAGGCUGGGCUGACGCCGCGGCACAUCGCCGCCACGGUGCUGUCCCUGCUGGGGAGGCCAUUGGAGGCCCUGCAGCUCAAGUGAAUCAUCAUUCAUUCAUCACCUUGCACACAUCAUCAACAACAGAUAAAUAAAGCUAAGGAAGGAGAUCAAUGUCCCUGACCUAGUUAACCACAGUCACAUGCAGCAAGCUAGCUAGUAGCAGUACUAGGUAGAAGAAGAUGCCAAGGCCAUAUGUGUAUGUGAUUCUUGGAAUGUUCCAAUGCUUCCAGACGCAUGAGGGUAAGGGGUUGCACAAGGUGGUGAAGUGAGAGCAGGAGCAUGGCCUUGCUUGAUUCCUUUAGCAGGUGGAUGUCUUUCUCUCAGCUGAUCUUGUCAGUGACAUGGGUAUGCAUGGCUCCACAUGCCCGUUUGUUAGUUUUGUAUAGAUGAGAUGGCAAGUAUUGAUUUAAAAAAAUUAAUGUAAUAUCAGUGCUUUAUACAUAAACAAAGAAGAAGAUGAUCAU